AUGAGAGUUCUUCUUACAGGUGACAUUUCCACCAAGCAAUUCGCUCAGAACUUACUUCAUCUCGGGAAUGGAACUAUGACAGUUGAUAGUGAAGGAUUGAUAGCUUUGACAAAUAUUGGUAACAUAGUAGCAACAAUCGAAGAUCUUCAAGAUAGAGUAUUUCUAAAUAUCGAAAGUAAUUUUUGUGAUAUUAAUUGGCUAUGUGAAAGAGCUAUUCUUUCUCCAACGAAUGAGGGAGUUAAGACGAUAAAUUACUAUCUGUUAAGGAAAUUACCAGGUGAAAUUCAAAUAUUCAAAUCUUUUGACACCGUAAUUGAAAUAUAUCAGGCAGAUCCAACAGAAUUUUUGAAUUCAUUGGAACCAUCUGGUAUACCAACACACAAAUUAGAGUUAAAGAUUGGUGCACCUAUAAUGCUUUUGAGAAAUCUAGACCCACCAGCUCUUUGUAAUGGAACGACUUAUUGUGAAGAAAUUGAUGCCAAAUGUUAUUGA